AUUACAAUUCUGUUGAUUACUGACUGCAUUCACAUACCACAACAACAAGCAAAUAUGUCGAAAUUAUUGUUGUAUUACGACGAUGUUAGUCCUCCGGUACGUAGUUGUAUGCUGCUUAUCGAAUUGUUGGGCCUGGAUGUGGAGUACAAAUAUUUAGAUUUGUUCAAAGGUGACCAAUUGGAUAAGGCCUUCUUAGAGCUAAAUCCAAAUCAUACAGUGCCCACUUUGGUCCACAAUGACCUGGCCAUUACCGAUAGCCAUCCGAUUCUUAUGCAUCUUUGUGAGAAAUUCGAAAAGUCGAAUGAAGGCGAGGAAUUGUGGCCACGAAACUAUGAGGAGCGCAUUCGAGUGCUAAAUAUGCUCUUUUUCGAAUGCUCUGUGCUUUUUCGAAGAGACAGUGAGUUUUUGUCCGCUAUUGUUCGCGGUGGCUUUGACAGUGUCAAUUUUCCUUUGCACGAACGUAAAUUACUGGAGGCCUACAAUAUGCUGGAAUCAUAUUUACGCCGGCACAAAUAUAUGGCUUGUGAUCGUAUGACGAUUGCCGAUAUCUCCAUCGUGACCACAUUGAGUACGGUGAAUCUAAUGUUUCCGAUUGCUGCUGGCGCCGCAGAUAAAUGGCCUCUGUUGAAUGAUUGGUUCGAGCGCAUGCGAGCAUUGCCUGUGUAUCACAUCAAUCAGACGGGACUGGAGAAGCUACGCGUUGUUAUUGAACGAAUUGGUAAAUUUAAAUUUCCAACAAGCAAAAUUGAAACAAGCGAGUGCGAUAAGAAGCAGGAAAUUACGAAAGAACAAGGAAGUGAUGUGAAGCAAGAAAAUGUUGACGAAAAUAAGCAAACCGAUAUUCCGAACGAUGAUUAAAUUGCACUGAUUGCGGAGGACUUGAGUGAAGAGAAAUUUUUAUAUUCUAUGUUGUGAAAUUUUAAUUAAAAUAUUUGAUGCAUAAUAAAUACUUAUUUAUAUAUUGAC